GUUUGAGCAUUCUACAAGUACAGUAUUGAUAAUCCUGGAAACAUCCACAGCCAACGAAAAUGAUCGCGCUCCAAUUGCUUCCAUCUUCCUACAUACUGUAGGUCGCAAUGUGUUCUUCGUGAAACUCUCCCUUAGUUUCACAUAUAUAUGCAGCUAUCUAGACUGAGAGAGACUUGGAUCACUUUUACUUACCUACUAGCUAGGAUCCAAUUUGCUACUGUAGAAGGGGAAAAGUCUACCAGCCACCGCGGCCAAGCUUGUGCGCCAACGACAGAAAACCCACAGGUCGCCAUUGGGCUUCUUGCAGAUGAUGAUGAAGGCAACGGAUAGUUGGCCAUCUUGUGGUCUGGAUUGACUGGAAUCCAGACAUAUCAUACAGAAACAACCAAGCCUUUGAACCAAAAGCAUGCAUACGACAGAAGAAGAGAGAGGCCAGAUAGAGGGAUCUACAAGGUGACUGGUUGAAGGAGUUGACAUUGACAGCUCAACGGGCUUACUUUGCUCCCGCAGUUCAGGUUGCGUGCUGAAGAUCACACUCCUUUGGACGAGACCAUGGACGACCUCAUCAACGGCACCGAUGGAAGCGCUCCAUCAGAAGCAACUAACGCUAACAUGUCGCAUGGUAUGCACCCUCUGAGCGAUGAUGUUGGUGUGGAUCUCCUCAACCAACCAAGCGAGCCAUUGGAUGCUAUUCUGUCGGCAACUGCGGCAACGACAACAUCAAUGGCAGACACAGGCAACGUGGAUGCAUUACUUCUACACGAAUCAUCGUCACAGCCACAACAACUCUCUGCGUCGACCGCGAGGAAUCCCAUAAACACUACUCCAUUGGUGAAUCCAGAAGAAGUUUUGUUGGACGACGAGGAAUCGGAAGAAGCUUUGAUCGAAGAGGUCUUCUUGGACGAACCCAUGACAACUCCUUCCAAGAAAAAGAGCAAGAAGGCAGUCGCCAAGCGCAAGGGUGGUCGACGUCGAGAACGAAAUCCACUCCAGCAAAAGUCCUACUGGUCGUCCGAUGACGAGUCUCCCAGGCUGAUGCACCAUCAGCCAGUGAUUGCUAGACCCAAAUCGCCCAACAACAAACCCAAGGAUUCUUCUUCCACGGCAAUCAUGAAAAAGGCAGCCACCACAAUUGUGUCGUUUGGACGCAGUCGCAAAACACGCAGCAAACGACGUACGCCACGACGUGCCAUUAAAGAGGAUCACGACGAUGGAGAAAGCAGUACUACGGAGGAUCCGGAUCAUCCAGAGCAUCAAACCCCUCCUCCACAACGAAAAAUUUCGUCACUCAAAACACCACCCCCUAGUAGUACAGGGAUCAGCAGCAAGAACAACAGUAACAACAAUUCUGUCGUUGAGGAUGACAAACCUCCUCCCAUUGCCAUUGUACGAACCAAAACCAAAUCCAAGUCGCCCAAGACUCCCAGCAACAAUACUUCCAUUAUCAAUAGUACUCAUGGACCUUCCUCCUCGACUGGCACUCCAGUGGUGGGCACUCCACGAAUGCAACUGCCGCCAAAUCCAUCUCCUGCAGGUCCACAACACUUGUCCAUUGAAGACAUGGAAAUAUGUCAGCGACUCGAUGAUGAAUAUGAGAAUGCUCUGGAAGAGAGAGAAAUUGGGUACAUGGCUCGGUACACAUCGGUCCGACAAGCGGCUUGCGCUUCGGUGGUGUUCAUGCUCAUCUUUUUGUGGCUCGGCACUACCUUUUUCAUGCGCUAUGCCGGUUGGACGUUUCAUGAUUCACUUUUAUUUUCCAUUUACACAAUCACCACAGUUGGUUAUGGCAAUCAAGCCAUUCCCAAAGAAAUGGGAUUCCAAUCCUUUACCAUUCUCUACAUUUUUGUGGGAAUUGCAACCUUGACCAUUAUGGUAGCACAAAUAUAUCAAUGCCUGGCACUGGAGGCGUCACGAGCCCAACAUUCCAGAGACAAGACCGAAAUGGCACGACGAGGACUGGAUGUGCUCAAUCAUCGAAACAGUAACAAUCGAGAGCAACAGCAGCAACAACAACCAUCGCAAGGCAAUACGGUGCCAUCCAGUCAAGCCAGUGUGGCCAAUUCUAGUGUCCUCACUCAUGAGCAUGGCAUGUUCUUCGAGGACUUGGCGUUUGUAGAUACCGUCAUGCAAUACUACGAACGUGCCAAGCAUUUCUUCUCUUACAAUGAAUAUGGAAGGUCCUUGUCUGUUUUGCUGCCCUUUGCAGGACUCAUUGCUGUGGGGGCCUGCAUUGUUGGACCCAUUGAAGGUUGGAAUGCGGUUGAGGCCCUCUACUUUGCUGUGGUUAGCUUGACAACUGUGGGAUUUGGUGAUUACUAUCCCAAACAUGCUUCGAGUAUUUGGUUUUGUAUAGCAUGGCUCCCUUUCUCGAUCGGAUUUAUGUCAAUGUUUUUGAAGAAUGUGGCAACCUUUUAUAUUCGCUUGAGUGCACAAAACAUCAAUCGCAUCGAACGAAGAAUGAGGCGUCGGUUGGCUAGAUCCAAGGAGCAGUUUGAAUUCGAACGGGCAGAAGCAUUGAAGAGAGCCUACCACGGGCAAGCUCAUGGAGGCGAGUUGGAACUUCAUUCCUUUCCGUCCGCCGACUCGGAUGAUUUGGUACCGCCCGUCACUAUGACUCCUACUUCCAAACAACAAUCCAUUGCAUCAUCCUCCAAUGGAUCGCCCCUGCCUCGGCACAUGCAACGACGCCGGACAGAUUUUGAUGCCCUCCCCACCAGCCCAAAGGAUGCCUCUGCUACAUCACCUGUUGUAAAAAGUUCUCGAGCUAGUCUCUUUGGAUCUCCAGGAGAGGGUGCUGGUGUCUUCAACCGAAGGGAACGCAUUCUCAAGAACAGCCUGGAGGGCGGUCAGAAUGACUUUCGGCCCAAGGGCCAAACAAUGGACACGAUGAAGGAUGUCAUCAAAGCAGUGCACAAAUCCAUCAACUCUGGAGGCAGUGAUUCAAGGUACUUGAGCAUGCGGUCUUCUGUCAUGAAACCGGUGCUGGGGAAUAGCAAUGAGCCAAUGAGGAAGCCCUCAUUUGCAUUAAGAGCGUUGGUGCAGGAGCGUUUUGCAGAGAUCAUUGCCACGGACAUCGCGGGGUUCCAAUCCAGUAUUGAAAUCAAGGACAAUACGCUCUCUGUCACGAUUGAUUCUUUGAGGUACACAGCAGAGAAAUGGUGCAUUCCACGCCGAGCUAGGAAAGCAUUUCGGGCAGUGGCAUUUGAAGCCUUGUACUUUGUGGGGGAGCAUGGGCUGAUUACAAAAGGAGCUGAUGCUCUGUAUGCACUUUCACCAUUUGAAUUCCAUGGACUCUUUAGUCCACUGUUGGCAGCCAUGGGAGAUGCUGGCACCAUGGAAGGGUGGUUGGCAAGUACAGAGGUCAUGGCAGAGUAUGACUUGCGAAACAAGUCAUCGGGGCCUUCUAGUGCAGGUGAUUUGGAGACAGGGACAACAAAUGCACAGCGAAGUUCAGUUCCAACAACUUCUGAAAAGCUACAUACGGCGACGCACAGAAUCAGGACUGAGGAAGGGUCGCUUGCAUCCAUGGAGAGGGUCCACCCCGGGAACGCAUUUGCAUAG